GUCCCCUUUGUGAGGAAGGAUCUCCACCUAAAACGCUAAAACCCUAGCUCACAACCGCAUAACAGGAACGCGAAGAACCCACCCUGUUCACUGUUCCAAUCUGGGUAACUGUACACGACCCUAGCAAUGUCAGAUACACAACAAAGUAUCGAUCAAUUAGAACCUUUAACAUCAUUAAAUGAAGCCAAGCCCGAAGUUGAAGAACAAGUAUCCGAGGAGGAAGAUUCUUGGUCAUCAGACUCUGAAAUUGCCGAUGCGUUAGACUGGUUAGAUACCAGAAACGACGACGAUUCAAUCGACAGCUCGAUCACUCUCAAUUCACGCCGUCCUAAUGCUCACGGCGGCCUUCACUCGCGUCCUAAUUCUUCAACUCUUCAACCUCUCUCUAAUCGCAACCAGAAGUUCUCGCAUCAUAUCCGCGCUUCUCCUUUAGAGGAAUGGGAAGGGAGAGUGAAAAUUGGAAUGUCGAACUCAGUUACGACCGCCAUUCGACAUAGUGUGAGAGAGAUGGCUAUUGGGAAAACUAGAAAUACCGAGAAAGCCGAUCGCGCUACUGUUGAGCAGGCUAUCGAUCCUAGAACGCGUAUGGUUUUAUUUAAAAUGUUGAAUCGCGGUGUGUUUAAUGAUAUCAAUGGCUGCAUUUCAACAGGAAAAGAGGCAAAUGUUUAUCAUGCAACAAAAUCUGAUGGUCAGGAACUAGCAAUCAAAGUGUACAAAACUUCGGUCUUGGUUUUUAAAGAUCGAGAUCGGUAUGUACAAGGUGACUACCGUUUCCGACAUGGAUAUUGCAAGCACAAUCCCAGAAAAAUGGUAAAGACGUGGGCUGAAAAAGAAAUGAGGAAUCUUUUGAGGCUAAAAGCAGCAGGAAUCAGGUGCCCAACACCCGUGCUUUUGAGACUUCAUGUUCUAGUCAUGGAAUUCAUAGGAAAAGCUGGUUGGGCCGCUCCUCGUCUAAAGGAUGCUGCCUUAUCUUUGGACAAGUUGCGUGAAGGUUAUAUGGAGAUGAUUAUUACCAUGCGGGCUUUAUAUCAGAAGUGUAAGCUAGUGCAUGGAGACCUCAGUGAGUACAACAUCCUUUACUUGGAGGGUCGCUUGUAUAUAAUUGAUGUCUCUCAAGCAGUUGAUCUUGACCACCCUCAUGCCCUUGACUUUUUGCGGGAAGAUUGUCUUCAUGUUUCUGAUUUCUUUAAGAAACAUGGUGUAGCAGUCAUGACUAUCCGGGAGCUGUUUGACUUCAUAGUGGAUCCGACUAUUAAUGAUGAAUCCAUUGACAGUUACUUGGAAGAGGUUCAACAAAAAAUUUUGACAAGAGAUUUGACUGCAGAGGAUGAAAUUGCUGACUCUGUAUUUGUUCAGUCAUAUAUUCCAAAGACAUUAGAUGAUGUCAAGCAUGCCGAGGAGGAUGUAAACCGGAUAACAAGUGGCAACGAUACUGGAGACAUGUACUAUAAGACCAUUACUGGACUAAAGGAGGCUCUCUCUAACUCUUCUGCAGCUCAACAAGAAAUGCAGCAAGUGGAUGCAAACCCAGUAGAAGAGUCUUCAGUCAUUCAGGAUGGGGGGCAUUCAAACUCUCCUGAGAGCGAAUCUGACCCUGGGACAUAUUCAGAGGAAGAGGGCUCCGGUGAUUCAGAUGGGAGUGGUUCAUCAUCAGAAACCGAGAAACAGGAUCCUGUUGAUAAAAAAGCCGCGAGAAAAGAGAAUAAGAAGAAGGUCAAGGAGGAGAAGAGAGAAGCUCGAAAGACUAAAACUCCCAAGGCUAUCAAGAAAAGAAAAAAGAAAAUGGCCAAAGCCAAAAAGACUAGGUAAACUCUUUGUAGCUGUAACAUUUUGAAUCUAAGCAUGCAGUUCAUAUAGCCAGCAGGUUAGAGAAAUCAAUUUAUCAUCUACAGAUCUACAACAUGUGACACCUGUGCUACCAUUUGUUUUAUUUUACAUCUUGGGCUAAGCUGAUUUUGCCUUUUUUUUU